AUGGGCACUGGCACCGGCUGCCUGUACGCGUGCGCCCCCUUCACGCUCAUUGUCUCAAUUCUUCUCUUCAUGCUUUCCACGAUGCUGCACAAUGGCAACUGGACUUUCGCGGUUCUCGCCGCGAAGCACAAGUGGGACACGUCAGCGAAGUCGCGCUCCUGCCGCAAUGGCGGUAUCCUCUAUUUUUUCAUCUCCGUCGUAUUGUGGGCUCUGGUACUCGUCGACUCGUUUCUCAUUCAGCUAGAGGAUCUGCCGACCUCUGCGUCCAAAUGGUGGCGGCAGCGUCGUCUUCCCAGCCUACAAGAGUUGAUACGCAAGCGGCGCAAGGCAUCAGAGGCGGAAGGCGCUGGCACCGCUACGGAUGUCAUCGUGAUGACUCCGACACCAGUCGCUGCAGCCAGGACGGGCGCAGCGAAAUCUCCGCAGCGUUCGAGUCUUUUGGCGCUCCCGCCGUCUUCAGCUAAGGUGGCUUCCUCCCCGAACCUCGUAAUGACGAGCGGUCCUGUGACGGUGGACGACUCGCGAGGAAAGGCGAGCUCAGCUGGUCCUGUUCGAGGUGAUGCAGGCUCCGCUGGUUUCACGCUCUCAUACCCUUCACCUCUGGCGGUGGGGGGGUCCCUGAUUGGAGACAAAGCAGUCAUCAGCUCCGCAAAAGCGCUGUCGUCUGCCGGGCGACCGUAUGAGAGCGUUACUUCGGGGGCAGUGCAUGCCCACUCGGUGUUGCCAGUAAGCACGAGCACGUCGGCUGCAACCAGCAUACUGGAAGGAGACUACUUGUUGCCGUAG